UUCUCUAAACACAGAUGCUCAGGGACUGUCUGCUUCUACUAUCCCGGAUUUUUUGUGAUGUCAUCCCUCAUUUUGGCGCUGUUCUUCCUCCUGGGGUUAAAGGUCAUUGCCACCACCACGGACACAUGGAGACACUGUGCAGAUCUGCUCCCCCUGGAUCUUCUUUCCUUUGUCCUGGAGAGGGACCCCUCCCGGCUGGUACCCGGGGUGCACCUGAAGCAGGCUGAAGGGGUGAGGGGAGUGCAACUCUCAAGCCCUCAUCCCUCCAUGAGCUUUCCCUCCUCUCAGCUGCUGGUUGACUGUGACCUCUUCCCCAAAGAGUUCUCCUUUGUGGUGACACUAAAAGUCCCUCGCAUUGCUACCAAGGGAAAUGAAUACAUCUUUUCCCUGAUUGAGUCAAAAAGAGUCAAGAAACAAGAGGUGACAAACGACAAAGCAAAUAUUUCAGAAAGGCAUGAAGACAGCCAGCAGUAUGGAGAGGAGAACAAGCGGCCAGAGAAGAGUAAUGAGGAACGCGGACAGAUCAUCCUGGGACUGAGGUUCUCGAGGAAACGUCUGCACUUUGUUUACAAAGGUCAUGGAGGGGUCACAGAGCACUCAGUGUUUGGAGGAGCCCGACUGGCGGAUAACCAGUGGCACACUAUGGUUUUAGCCGUUAGUAGCCAACACGUGAGGCUCACCGUGGACUGUAACUCACCUCUAGAAAUUGCUCCCUCAAGGCCUUUCCCCUCAGCCCUCAACAUUCAGGGAGCCAGAUUCCACAUUGGCAGUCGAGGGAGAUGGAAAGGCUUGUAUUCAGGUCUUCUGAGACAGCUGGUUUUGGUACCAGGCUCAGAUGCCACACACUAUGUCUGCCCUUCUUCUGACCCUCAACUAGCAGAGCUGUCGGUGCCACCACUUCUCUUAGACCUGCCUGUAAUAGAGAGUAAAGGUGACAACCAUGUGACUUCCUAUGAAACAGAAGAACGAGUGUCUGUGGGGCUGCAGCGGUCGUGCUCAGAGCAGUUACAAGGUCAGCUGUGGUUCAAUCCACUCAAGAAAGGCCUCUACCUCUGUGAUGGAUCAGUGUGGAUUGCAGUGCUAGAGGAUCAUAAACGACUGGACUAUGUGUUGGAACACCAGGUCCUCACCACCAGCUCAGAGACACAUGACAUAGAGGUGUUCCAGGUACCUGGCACAGGCCUGAUGGCUGCUAUGGCUCAUCGGUCACCAGCCUCCGGAUCUGCUGUGUAUCUGUGGACUCACACAGGUUUCCAGCUCUACCAGAACAUUAGCACGUAUGAAGCUCUGGCGUGGAGACAAUUCAGCAUUGGAAAAAAGAUAUACCUAGUGGUGUCUAACUCUGGAGGAGGGCCGGACAAGCAUUUUAACAAAGAAUCAGAGACUGACUUCUCUGUGAUUUACAAGUGGAGCAAAAGAAGAAAGAAGUUUGUGCAGUUUCUGACUCUGCAGACCCACUGUGCUCGGGACUGGGAGGCCUUUAACAUCAACCAGCAAACUUAUCUUGCUGUGGCCAAUCACAGAAAAGGUGAUAACAAUCACACUAUAGACAGCGUGAUUUACAAAUGGAACAAGUUGACAAAGUCCUUUGGGGUUCACCAGAUGCUGCCGACCUCAGGAGCGUACGACUGGGAGUUUUUCACAGUGGGACCGUACCAUUUUCUGGUGGUUGCAAAUGCCUUUGAUGGAGUGACCACAUCUGUCGACUCUGUCAUCUACGUUUGGGUCAACGGGAGCUUUCAGGUGUUCCAGACAGUUAAGACGUUCUGUGCCACAGACUGGGAAAUGUUUCAGAUUGGCAGUCGAGUCUUCUUGGUUGUUGCAAACGGACACAGACUCCAAGGAAACGGCCCAAGCCAGUAUGCCAUCAACUCCACCAUCUACGAACUGGACAUGAAUGGGCAGGUGUUUAUCCGCUUCCAGGAUAUUGUCACCUAUAGUGCAGUGGACUGGGAGUUCUUUAGCCUCGGGGAGGAAUAUUUUCUGGUUGUCGCUAACUCCUUCAAUGGAGAAUCCUACUCUCUCAACAGCAUUCUGUACAGGUGGCAGGGAUAUGAAGGCUUUGUUCCUGUCCAUUGGCUCCCAACGAUUGGUUGCAGUGACUGGGAAUUUUUCAGUUCCAAAGGAGAAUCAUAUCUGAUCUACUCUAGUGCCAAAGCUCCUCUCUCCAAAGUGUUCAAGCUGAAAACCUACUAGGCAACAAUAAGAGAAUGCCUUUGGCUUUGUGUACUGUAUUUAUUUGUGCAUUUAAGUGUCAGAAAAUAUUUGAAAUAACAGAGUUGAAAAUG